AUGAUUACCGAUUCGGAAGCCCCAACCUACAAUUUCAACAGCGAUGACGAAGCCCCCUGCGAGUACCUGAACGAUGUCUAUGCGAUAAGCGAAGACACAUUUUCGUUUAAAAUUAUCAAGCAGUUGGGGGAGGGCUACUACAGUCCCGGAAAUGGACACAAAGUAAAAAUAAUAUACUACGAACUAGGUUCCGAGGACAAAAUCGCUAGUGCUAACGUGUAUUUAGGAAAGAACGACAAACUGCCCUAUAUUUGCGAAAUUGCUGCAAAGUGUAUGAAGCCAAAUGAGGUCUGUAUCAUUCAGGCCCCAAAGCUAUUUACAAGUAAUUACCCCCCACACACAUACACAUGUGGAAAACGUGUAAACAAACACGUUCCAAAUAUAUGCAGCACGUUUUGGCACAUACACACACACACACCUCUAACCACUGCAGAAAUAUUUAGCAACUCUGAACGGAAGAACAAGUAUGAUAGGAAGGAAAACUUCAGGACGGAGUUUAAAAAGGCCCUAAGAUUUAAACAGAAGUGUGUCGAAAAGUACAUAAGCUAUUCCAUCGUGUCAACCUUGAAAAAAAUAAAAUUAAGUUCAAACGAUGUAAAAUUGUUAGUGCGAAAAAGGAAAUUAAAGAAUGCUAACCGGGAUGUAAAGCACAAUGUGUCACAAAAAAGCGCGCCAAAUGAAGAACUCAUAGGAGAAGACCCACACAAGUGCUCAGAAUCGUUGACCUUAGAAGAUAUUAACAAUGUGAGGUAUAAAUUUUUAAAAGAGGAAGAACUGAGCACAUACGUUGUGUACUUGAAAGAAUAUAACCGAGUCGACAUUCUAAAUGAUGACAAAACCAUAAUAAAGGAAGUCAUGAGAGAAGGGAAAGGAAUUGUUACCCCCAAAAAAAAUGAUUACAUUGAUUUUUUUAUACAAGAUGGUAAGAAGGCCGAGUUUAUUCACACCACCUUAGAGGAACAUAAUUUAAAAUACAGAGGGCUCUUCAAAAUUUUGCAAAAUAUGAAAAAAAAAGAAAUGUCCAAAAUUGUUCUUAAAGGUUUGGAAUGUCUCCACAUCUACCACUCCGCAAAGAACACACACAUAGAAAAAGAUCAGCUAAAUGGCCAGGAAAAAAAUCCAGACGACACGCAGAAGGGUCAAAGUGACUUUUGCCACGAUGAGAAGCAGAAGAGCAUCGUGAACGAGACAAAUAUGUCCAACUUUGAAACAAAUCAAGUGAAACAAAAUCAUGGUGAGAUAAAAGAGGGAAAGAAUGUCGAUCUCUAUGUUAGAGACGAAUUACCAAAGCAGAAGAAAGAAAUAAUUAUAGAACUAUUGGACUUUAAAAAGUCCAAACGGGUUAAUUUUUCUUCAAUUAUCAACUUGAACGACACAGAAAAGCUACUGUUUUACGUGUCCGAAGAUGGAAAAAAUAAAACCCCAAACAAACCAAUCAUUGACACCGAUUGCGAGUUGAUAAUCCAUUUAAGUAUCAAUAAUGAUAAGGACAGAACAAAAGGCAAAAGAAUACAUUUGCCGAUUCAUUUCUGGAAGAACAAUGGCAGUAUUAAAAAACGAAAGGCAUUUUUUCUUUUUUCGUACGGGUCAUGCUUCACUGCUCCUCUUUGGUUUUAUGAAUGCUUCAAGGGGCUAAAGGAGGGAGAUGAAGUAAUCAUUCCUUUGUCAAAAAACAGAAAUAUUUUUUCGGAGAACCAGUUCGCUUACCAUUUAAUUUUUGAGGAAAACGCCCAAGGGGAAAAAGUGAAACACCCGAAAGGCGCCAAACGUGAAGUUGAAGGUGAUAUUCAAACGAACAAUGCCGUAAAGGACGACCGAAAAGAGUCCACCCAAAAUGACAGUCACCAAAUAACAAAAAGGAACCAUUCGGGGAGGAAAUCGUCCAAAGUAAAGGACCGAAAAUUUGUCCAGCGCCUAAUUUCCAACCGAAACAAGGGCAAAGGCUUCUAUCUAAUAGAUGGAUUGAAAAAAAACCAAGUGGAUCGCUUUUGCGAAGUCAGGCGGAAAAAAUUUUACAAAAGUGUAGCCAACAUUCAAAAAAGGGAAAAACUUACCAGGAUGAAGCAUCAGCUGAGGAAACAACUUUACGAAGAUAGCUCGUCAAAGGAGUAUAUCUCAAAAAAGGGUGAACAGAAAGGACAAAAAACGGAUAACUUUUCAUUCUUUAAAAGAUCCCUAAAAAAUGUGUACUUUGAGAAAUCUUUUUACGAAAAAGAUGCCAUUUUAAAAAUAAAAAUUGUUAAACUUAUUUGUAAAAAGAAAGACCCGUGGAAUAUGAAUAUGUCAGAACAAAUUGAAUACCUAAAAAUUUACAACAAAAUGGGCAAUACCUUUAUGAAAAAAAAUUUACACUAUGCAGCCUCACUUCAUUACAUAAAAGGCUUCGAUAUAUUUCGCUUUUCCAAAAUUUACAGUUUAAUUUUUGAGGAAAAGAAAAUAAAUGUGUCAAAUUUAGCCACUGAUGACAUGGCCAAGGAGCUCGUACUACACAUGGAAAAAAUACUAACCAAUUUGGCUAUUUCUCACUACAAAUUAGGAAACUACAACGAAUGUGUUAAGUAUGCGGAAAACGCUGCUAUUAUAAAUCCAGAAAAUGUUAAAUGCAUUUAUUGGAAACAUAUGGCAUAUUUACAGCAAAAUAAAUAUCACCAAAUCAUAAAAAAUUUGAACAACUCUUUUUGCCUCAACAAUUUAACACUGCUUAAGUUGUACAACACCGCACGCGUAAUAAAGAAAAAACAGGACGCCCACUUUAAUUCACUUUUUUACGCCAUGUACGAUCAGAAGUGA